CCAUGAUCGAGUCAGUCGGUUAUCUUAUCAGAUUAGGCUGCCAGUUGGGCGCUAAGUAAAGGUGAUCCCGCCGGCACCAGGCAAGGCGCUAAGCGCUAAGCCAUAAGCGAGCCAGCCCCAGGCUCUCGUUCGUGCCACUGCCGGCCAAUUGAACUAGGUCAAAGCUACUAGCUAGUAUCUCCUCGCAAGUCUUGCGCCACAAUCUACUUGGUGUUUCAGGAUCCCUUUGCAAGAAUAUCAGAAGUUCUGUAAACUUUAUAUUCCAAAGAGCAAUCUGAAGCAUGUCCGACACGGACGCCGUCUCCUCAUUCUCGUCGCUCGAUGAGCUCGUCCAAGUUAUCUAUCAAGGGUCCUCGCGCUUUGUGGUGCUCUCAAGUAUAGAUGACACACAUUGGAAGGUGCGCCUCGGGCUCAGUGACUCAAAUGGACGCUGGUGGGAGGGUCGCUGGGGAGAGAAGGAGAUCCGACAAGCAGCUAAGUCGGCAUCGUGCAGCUCUGAGAAACUUGGAGAUACGUUGGCUGCUGCGUUCGCACAAGGAGAGAUGUACGUCGGAAACUGGAGCUCGAGGAAGGGCGCAGAAAUCAAUUUCGUUCUGGGAACCAACACCAACCAUCCUGCAAACGUCGCCUUGGCUGAGAUGACGCCGGAGGAAGCAGCCUCCUUCGCAAUGCAGGUCUUCGCAGAUAUUGCGAUCCAGGCGCAAAGUCGUGGAAGUCGCAUCCACCCUUCCCCGUUCGAGCCCGCACUAGGCAAGCCUGCUGGUGCCGCCGCGACGUCGUCCCCCAAGGCAUCAGGCAGUGGGUCUCGUGGUGAUAGCGUUCGAAGACAUGACUCCCUAGCGGCGUCAAAGCCUGCUGCGAGCACCGCUCCGGGCACGUCGGAGCAGAAGGCUCAAAAAGAGAUCAAGGCUCUCAAGGCAGAACUCGCCAGGGAACGAAGCAAGCGAUACAGCCCUCCCACAUCGCCCACUGGCAAGCACAAGCGCAAGGCGGACGAUGACGCAGAGAGCUUCGGAGAGAAGAGGGCGUCGCAACUGAGGAAGGAGAAGUCGAUCCAAGAAAGCUCGAAACUGCAUUCCAUUGCGAAGGGGAACCGAAGCUCUGCGGCGACGAUGGCGGCUAGGGGCGCUUCGCUCGCGAAUCCGUCCAAGAAGGCGCGCAAGUAUCAAACGGUAGAGUUCGGUAGUGACGACGAUGACUGAAGUCUAACUUUCGUAUGCGUUGAUGAGACGAUUGAGGAUGUCACAUAGGAGACGUGGUACUCGCGGAAGGAAGGCACUCUGAGGCACAGGCGAGGCUUGUGUCUUGUAUGAUCCGAAAUGCCUGCGGUCCUUCCAUUCAGUGCUCGCUUGUCGUCCUCAUGCUCGGACCAGACUGUCAUCGCUCCCGGUAGACACGUCGGCGUGCUACCACCCGCAUAUGAGUUUCAAGUGUGCAUGCAAAGCGGCUAUCUUCGACUUGUAUGAUACUAUGUUGCAGUGCAAUGUACCUCGUCUUGUAUAUAUUCCCACUACGCCUGUUGAAUAUAUCGAGCAGAGUCUAGACCGGUGCCUGUGUUGUACACCUCCUGUCCAU